AACUUUUACAUAAGCCUAAAAAUUUUGAGUUUGGGUUAGUUGAGUUGUUUUCUGAGCUAGAGUGAUUCUGGAUGGGGAAAUGAUAGAGUUAAACACUAUCACAUUAGUUCAAGGGACAUUAAUGCCUGACAAGAAGCCAACUUACCCUGAGUUUAGAACUGCUGGUAAAUGCUGAGAGGCUCUCAGUAAUAUAAAGACUGAGGAAACAAGUGAGUAGGAAAACCAGUCUCCCCUGUUGAAUGAAGGAGAGAUUCAAGAACUGCCACUGUGAAAAAUACUUCUGUGAUUAUGGAUUCAACUGACAUCAAAAAGAAAAAAGUAGCUGUCAUUGGUGGUGGAUUGGUAGGUGCAUUAAACGCUUGCUUCCUUGCAAAGAGAGGUUUCCAAGUUGAUGUCUAUGAAGCCAGGGAAGAUAUUCGAGUUGCAAAAUUUGCCCGUGGAAGAAGUAUUAAUUUGGCUCUUUCUCAUAGAGGACGUCAGGCUCUUAAAGCGGUUGGACUAGAAGACCAGAUUGUAUCCCAGGGCAUUCCUAUGAGAGCAAGAAUGAUUCAUUCUCUCUCAGGGAAAAAAACUGCAAUUCCUUAUGGAACCAAAAAUCAGUAUAUUCUUUCCAUAAGUAGAGAACAUCUAAAUAAAGACCUAUUGAAUGCUGUUGAAAAAUACCCCACUGCAAAGGUGCACUUUGGCCACAAGUUGUUAAAAUGUAAACCUGAAGAAGGCAUAAUCACUCUCCUUGGAUCUAAUCAGGUGCCCACAGAAGUUACUUGUGACAUUAUUGUAGGGUGUGAUGGAGCUUAUUCCACAGUCAGAGCACAGUUCAUGAAGCGGCCUCGUUUCAACUACAGUCAACAAUAUAUUCCUCACGGGUAUAUGGAACUGACUAUUCCACCUAAGAAUGGGGAGUAUGCUAUGGAACCUAAUUAUCUACAUAUUUGGCCAAGAAACACUUUCAUGAUGAUUGCACUUCCUAACCAGAACAAAUCCUUUACCUGUACUUUAUUCAUGCCUUUUGAAGAUUUUGAAAAGCUCACCACAGGUAGUGAUGUGCUGGAUUUCUUUCAGAAGUACUUCCCAGAUUCCAUCCCCCUAAUGGGAGAAGAAGCAUUGAAGCAAGAUUAUUUCCUGCUGCCAGCCCAACCUAUGAUAGCUGUCAAGUGCUCUGAAUUCCACAUUGGUUCCCAUUGUGUACUCAUGGGAGAUGCAGCACAUGCAAUUGUGCCCUUUUUUGGACAAGGCAUGAAUGCGGGCUUUGAAGAUUGUUUGGUAUUUGAUGAGUUAAUGGAUAAAUUCCAUAAUGACUUAAGUGCCUGUCUCCCUGAAUUCUCAAGACUUAGAAUUCCAGAUGAUCAUGCUAUUUCAGAUUUAUCCAUGUAUAAUUACAUAGAGAUGCGAGCACAUGUCAAUUCAAGAUGGUUCAUCUUCCAAAAGAACAUUGAAAAAUGUCUUCAUGCAAUUAUGCCAUCUACCUUUAUUCCACUCUACACUAUGGUCACUUUUUCCAGAAUACGAUACCAUGAAGCAAUUCUACGGUGGAAUUGGCAGAAAAAGGUUAUAAACAAAGGACUCUUUUUCUUUGGGACAGCAACAGCCCUAAGUGGUACCUGCUUAUUUGUAACUUACAUGUCACCAAAGGUCCAACUGAAGAUGCUGUGGAACUGGAUCACUUCUUUUAGGAACACUGAAAAUCUGUUUUUGAAACUUCCAUGGAAUUAAAAGAGUGAAUUCUAAAUUGUUAUAUUGACUGUUAUGAAAGGUUAUCUAAUAACAGAUGAUUGACUUUUUGGAAAAGAUAUCAGGCAUUCACAAACAUAUAUUGACCUUUAUAUCCAAUUCACCAUUUGAAGGUGGCCUACAAAUUUAAUGCCAUUUUGAAUUGUUCUUUAGUGCUAUUUAAAAGCUUGUUUUAAAAAACAGAGUCUUCCUCCCCCGCCUUUUAAAUUGAGAGCACUGGAAUGAUUUUUGGAAAUUCAAGCCAUAACAUCGUCUUGAGAGUCCGAAAUCAUUUUAUAGGUGAUGCUGCUAUCAAUGAAAUCCUCCUAGAAAUUUUAAACUUUUGAUUGAAUUUCAAUAGAUUAUAUAUGAAAACUUUAUAGUAAGACUCUGGUACAUCACUAACCUAUAUGGGAAGUAUAACCUAUUGUAUAUUCUGUUAGACCCAAUAGUAAAUAAAGUAUUUCUUUUGUUAACACUA